AUGACUACUGCGCCAGGUACUGUCAUUUACGACUCGCAUCCCGUGCGGUCCAGGCUGCGCGAGACGAGGCUGCUGCUAAUCCAGGAAGGCGAGUGGGGCGAGGCUAUUACUGGCCGUUUGCAAGUUGUGUCGCUGUCCCACAGUCCGAGCUACGAGGCCGUGUCAUAUACCUGGGGCGACCGCAGCGACGAGCGCACAGUUUACGUUGACGGCCACGCUCUACGCAUCAGCGCCAACCUCGAGAGCGCCUUUCGCCAUCUCCGCAGCAGCACGGCUCCUCGAGCCUUGUGGGCUGAUGCCGUCUGCAUCAACCAGAAGGACACCCGCGAGCGCAGUGAACAGGUGGAGCUCAUGAGAGACAUAUACGCACACUGCACCGGCGUCCUCGUCUGGCUCGGCGGCGUUCAGGGGGCUCAGCCCAGAGAGCAUGACCACACCACCCCUUGCCGCUGGAUCACUGGCUGCACUCCUAUCGACGAAUCAUGGACGGUCUCGAGCAGCCUGAAGAUGUACUACAGGCUACCGUUCGCCCUCCGCCACAGCGUUAAGAUCGACAACGUCUUGGGCGCCUACUGCCUCAUCGGCCUGCUCGCAGGGAAUAGCCACAUCAAUAGCACGGAUAUCAUGUUCCUCGACAAUACAGAUGCUUUCCACAGAAUCGUCGAGGAACUACAUGGGCUCAUGGCCUCUGCAUGGUGGACUCGCCUGUGGGUGGUCCAAGAGAUUGUACUGCCUCCCAAGGCAACCCUCCACUAUGGCCAGUUCGUCGCGUCCUGGGACUUGUUCGCACAUGCAGCUCGCAACUACGAGCGCCACUCCAAGACAUGCUGCGAAGGCCACUACGCGUCCCUGCACUACCACGAUAUACGCCACAUAGAACAUUUCUCCAGGACCAUAACCGAGCUCGACGAGCUGAGGAGGGAGUGGCAGACGAUCCUGGGCCGGCGAGCUUGGUGGUCUGGUGCCCGUCCAGCUCUUAUUUCACUGCGCCGCCUGCUCUGGCAGUUCCGCCCGCGCGAGGUCUCGGACCCGCGCGACAAGGUUUUCAGCCUCCUCACUCUCGUCCAGGACUGGGGUGGGCGGGAUCCUAUGCGUCCAGACUACAAUUUGGACAUUACGGCGGUGUACCGGCUGACUGUGCAAAAAUCCAUAGCCCAGGACCGUUCCCUGUUGAUUCUGAUGGGAAGCACUGAGAAAACCAUGGUCGGCCUGCCAUCCUGGCUCCCGGACUGG